CUCUCGCGUACCGUUUGGUCAUCUUUUGUCAUCAUUCAGCUUCUCGCUUUCGUUUCGUGUGGAUGGUGACGGUGCAACGUGACGAAAAAUAGUUUUACUUUUUGGACGCGUAGAAUUUCUUAUUUAAUAGUGAGCAGCUUCAACUAUUGUAACUAAAAAGAAUGUCCAACAUUGCCAAGAGAGAGUUUUCAGAGGAGGCAGAAGCUGCCAUAUCAGUGCUUCGAGCUUUGGUAUCAUCCAAAAAAGGGCCAUCGACAGUGCAGAGUGUUUUGGCAGACUAUCGAGAAUUGGAAGGUGGCCCGCUUAUGUACAAAAAGUUCGGAUAUCCUAAUGCUGACGAAUUCUUUAAGUCCACUGGCGAAUUUGUUGUUCAAAAUCGGGUGGGCGAGACCGUCAUUUUUGUGAAACCCAGCAAAGAUUCAGCGCACAUUCUUAAAAUGGUUGCAGCACAGAAGAACACAAAGACAAGAAAAUCUGGAUUUUCAAUUCAGCGGCAACCUCAAAAACGAACUGGAGGGAACAGUUGGAAUCCCAGUGCCUACAAUAAGAUCUAUUCACAAAUGAAUAACAGAGGAAAUGCAUUUGUACAGAGAGGAAAUUUACAGCAAUCACAGUACUAUCAACGAUAUCAGCAUCCGAAUAAUCCUCUCAAGUCGUACUUUCAGAACAGUUCUGAUGGUUUCGGUUUGGCGAAUCACCAUCGUCAAAAUAACAAUGUUAAUCAUCCAAAACCUGUAAUGAUCGGUAAAGUUGCACCACCACCAAAUAAGUUCUACAACAGCUCUUUGCAACUUCAAAACAAUCAACGCAACAAUCGCGUUGAGACUAAUAAUAAUAACUCCACGACAAAAAAUUUCAAUAAAAUCACACAAGACACUAUCAAGGCAGCGAAUGUCCAUCUUCCUUCCAAUAAUUUACGACAUAAGCUCAAUGAUCGUCCUCCCCAAAUGUUGCAUUUAGAUGUAACAAAUAGGAUGAAUCAAGAGCAACACGUGCCUGUUCGGUCUCCAGACUACCGCAAUGAUCAAAACAAUUUACUGAAGCCAAAGUAUUCUAUCAAAGACAAUCAACAGGCACUCGACACAUGUAACAAACAGCAGCAUUCACCAGCUAUGACACCUACUGUACAGCCUCAGGACAACAAAAGUGUUAAUUCCAGAUUGCGAGUCUCAAAAGACGUGACACCAACAUCGCCGCCAGUUCAAAAAACGCCAAAAGUUUUCCAUUGCAUUGACUAUGAGGUGAAUAAUCAUACUACGGUCCCACUUCCCACAAUUCCCGGACAAAAAACACUACAAGAUCGGCUGAAGAUUAAACAGCAAGUUGACAAAGUGGAUCUAGAGAAAGCAGCCAGAGUAAUUACUCAACAGAUAACUCCAUUCAAAUCAGCCGAUGAAGAAUCAAAGUCCCCGACAUCAUCUGUUCAAUUAACAUCAGGUGCAACAUCACCUACAGUUCGCCAAAAAGAACCGUUUUCAUGGGAUCAACCGUUGGCCACACCGGUCGAGAUGUUGUACAAAUACGCCAAGUAUAACGACUGUCCCCGUCCAAUGUACACAUACUUCAAGCUGCGGAACAAGCGCAUUCAGUGCCGAGUGAUGGUAAACAGUUCAACAUACUCGACAUAUCCAGAUGAUUUCGCCAACGAAUUUGAAGGGCAGUUCGCCGCCGCCCAAAUCGCAAUCGAAAACAUCAAACGCGACGAAGAGAUGAAUAACUAUUCCGUAUGUCUUGAUUCUGAUUACGAGAUCGCAGUUAAGAUCCAUGAGCUACUAAUGCAGUGUCCUCAUGGCAUGUUCAGCAAAAAUAUCCCGGAAGCGUUCAGAGAAGCACACCAGUUGCUGUUGCCGGAUAAUUGGGAGCUAAUUAUUCUGUCGCAUCCGGACUUGUACUCCAAAGAAGAAGCACAAGAGAAGACAAUCGUGUUUGCGAAUACUGACGCAGAUGGAUCUAGAAAUUCUAACCCUUCGAUCACAUCGCAAGCAAAGAGUAUGGAAGCUAAUGUUCUUCAACUUCCUUGGAAAGAGCAAUAUUGGAAUUUGUACGUUACCAAUCCAGUGUCAACUGUUGAAAUAUGGGCGCGAUUGGUAGGACCUGAAUACAGCGAUAGGAUGGAUGCUCUCAUAACGGAUAUUGAACUAAGCAUGAUGGGGUGCGAAAAACGAAAACCUGCAACUGUUUCAAUUGGAGAGUAUUACUUGGUUUCUACCACUGACUGCUGGUAUCGUGUCCGUGUUGAAGGAAUUCAUAGUGACGGCAAUCAAUAUUUUUGCUUUUUCAUCGACAUUGGAGAAUGGGAACAUGUGGCUUUGGAGGAAAUUUAUAUAUGUGAUGCUCAAUAUUUAAGCCUGCCCGGACAAUCAGUUUGUUUCACACUUGACGGACUAGAGGAUUUUGGCGAAAAUCCAAAGGCCAAACCGCACUUGGAUAAUUUAAUUAGUGGCAAAGUAUGCAUAGGAGAGAUUCUUACUCAACGCAACGAGUAUGAGAAAGAUGGCGGUGAUACUGAUUUUAGUGAUGCCAGAAUUAAAAUGAUUCUCUACGACACUUCGUCCGACGAAGAUAUCAAUUUGAACCCAGUUAUUCUGAAGCAUAUUUGCGAUGAUAUGCCAAGGCCAGAACUUGACAGAAAAGGAGUUUCAACAGUGGUUGUAACACACGUGGAUGACUCCGGGGAUGUCUAUUGUCAGCUGAAAGAUGGUGCAAUUGUCUAUAUCCAGAAAUUGAUCAACAAUUUGAUCAAAUCAGAUGUGCUUGAAACUAAACAUCGAGGUCUUUUCCAAACCAAAUCAUCAGAACAGCAGUUGUAUUUAGUGCAAGACGAAAAAGACAAUAAAUGGUACAGAGCGUCGUUGAAAGCGGAAGAAUCCGGAUCACAUUGCCGCAUGCUGUACGUGGAUAUAGGAUUUGAAACAUCCGUGAAUGUUUCUAACGUUUAUCGAUUGGAAAUGUUGAGUGUUGCUUUGAGUCGCUAUCCAGCACAAGCCAUCAGGAUGCGGAUGUUUGACAUUCCUUCUGUUACGGAUUAUUUAUUAUCUCGGAUGCGAGUUCUUCUGAAAACAGGUCUCACAGCAAUGGUGAAGGUUGCUGCUCUAUCAGUUAUUCCCUUGGUGAAAAUUUACAUGCAUCUGAAGCAGAAUAAUAUUUUGGUUUGUGUCAACGAUAGUAUUCGAUCCGAAAUGGAACUUGAUCUAAGCUCAGAAGUUAUUAGCAACCCAAGGAUAACAUCUAACGAGUUAAGUAGCAACUCAUCGAUUGCUAGUUCAACUAAGUUGAAUGUAAGCAUCGCAUCCGAUUAUUCGAUCGGAAGUCAUGAAGCUGCUGAACUAUCCAAAAGUUUUAGCAGACUGAAUAUCGAACAGCGGAAGCUUAUUAGUCCCGUACCAUCACAAGUAACGCCCAGGCUAGCUAAAUUCACGCUGCCUGGAAUCGGUGAGUUGUUCGAUGUCGUGGUGACAAUUGCAUCGAGUCCAAACUAUUUCAUUGUGCAGCCAUACUUGCAAGCGGUACAAUUAAAUAGGAUGAUGCGAGAAAUCCAAGAAUUUUGCACGACCAAAGCAGAACGAGUUUCAGAGGAUAGCGUUGAACAGGGAGAAGUAUAUGCAGGCUUCAACAGCGACGACGGACACUGGUAUAGGGUAGUGGCUGUUAACAUUAUAUGCGGAUCUAUUCAUGUCUACUGCUGUGACUUUGGCCAAAUUCGGGUUAUAGAUAGUAGCUCGCUUCGUGUUCUACCGGCUCAUCUACGAUUGCUCCCUCAGCAAGCAGUUAAAGCAAAAUUACAUGGAGUACAACCAGCGCAUGGCGACUGGAGCACUGAGGAUGCUGUGAGAUUCCAGGAAUUAACCGUUGGCAAAAAAUUUGCCAGUUAUAUCUAUAACAUACAAACAGACGAGUUUAAUCCGAAUGAAAACAUUGUGGAUUUGAUGCUGAUUGACGUUUCGACUGAGGAUGAUAUUUUGAUACACAAGAUUUUGGUAGAUGAAAAACGUGCUGUUUUAAUAAGCAAGUAGCAAACUGUAUAUAAAAUAAAAAGGGAUCAAAUUAUAUUCCAUAGCGAAUCAUGAUGUCAGCAUAUUGUCCUAAUGUAUAGCUUUAGCAAGCUUGAAAAGCUUUGCAAAAUAAGCGUUCUGAAGAAAAACCAAGUAUCAGUGAAGGGCACAAAGAGGCAGCUGCUUCCGGGCGGUGGCGAUUAAGGGUUUGAUUAACGACGAUGCCUAUACACAUCAGAUAGUUCAAUCUAUUGUGACCAGUGAAACAUAACUGUGCCUUAAAUAUUUCUGGCGGCUCGGAUAAACCAACCGCAUGAAAAGGCUUGUGCUGUUUUCAGUAUCGAACUUACCUUAAUAAUCAAUAUGUUUAGAAUGCUCACCUGAUCCAACAAAAUAAUCAUUCCAUUAGGUAAUUGUUAUAAAAAGAAACGAAUCCUUGCAACCCAUAAGCAAUAUAUUACAAUAGACUGUUCUAAAAAAGUGACUAAUCCCUGAAUUGCCAAGUUAUUUUAAAACUAUAUUGACAAUAUUUAUAUGUGCCUCAUUAGAGCAGAAGCUAAAUUCGAAACAUGAUGUGAUUAAAUAAAUAUAAAUUGCUUUCGUUA